UCCAGCUGUUGACAUCAGUCGCUUCGAAUGAUCAAACCAAAGAGGACGUGCUUUUGAACAGUUUCCAACUCAGAUUCGCGCGCAUCAUCGAUCGGCAGUGGAUUGGCGCUGAACUUAGUGAUCCGACAGUUUCAAUCAUCGCGAUGGCAUCACGCUUACUGAUAAUAGUGUCCCUAGCGCUUUAUGCGUCGUCCGCCGAAAUAAACGCACAAAAUCCAUCCUGUACCACACCGAACGGCAUCCCAGGUCAGUGCAUAUCGGCAUACCUAUGUCGGGAAAUUAUGAUGUUCAUCGUCGAAAAGCCGAUACCUGUGCAUCGGCAGCAGUACCUUAAGCAAUCCGCUUGCAAAAGGCCAGACGUGAAAUUCCCCGUUUGCUGCCAGCUGAAGGAAAUUAUAUCGGCCGAAUCCUUGCUGCCUACGGAAUGUGGUGUUGCGACAAGCGAUCGGAUUGCUUACGGCCUUGCUGCCGCCAUAUUCGAGUUCCCAUGGAUGGCUUUGCUCCGAUAUCGUGAAUUUAACGGCGACAUCGUCGACGGAUGUGGCGGAUCGUUGAUCAACGAACGCUAUGUCCUGACGGCGGCCCACUGCUUGAAGGUGAAAACUAAAACUUUAGAUCACGUUCGAUUGGGUGAACUCAACAAAAAUACCAUUAUCGAUUGCGAAGUAAAUGACGACGAAUGUGCCGGACCAGUGCAGGAUAUCAAGGUGGAAAGAAGUAUCAUCCAUCCCCAGUACAAUAUGCCAAAGUUUUCCAACGACAUUGGGUUGAUUCGUUUGCACCAAUCGGUCGUUUUUCAGGAGCACAUCAAACCGAUCUGCCUUCCGGUGACGCAUAAGCUGCAAAAAACGCUCUACCCCCGAUACAUCCUCACCGGUUGGGGUAAAACGGAAAAGGACGAACUGUCGGACAUUCUGCAAAAGGCAGUUCUUCCCCGAAUCGACAACGAACAGUGCAUGCAAGUUCUGAAACAGAACCAGCUGCGCAUCGCCCUGACGGAUAAGCAGAUGUGCGCCGGUGGUGAAAAACGUGUCGACAGCUGCCGGGGAGAUUCCGGUGGACCACUGGCAUGGGUUGACAAGUUGAACGACGCACCACGCUUCAUUCAAUUCGGAAUAGUUUCCCUGGGAAGCAACACCUGUGGAGAGAAAAGCGUGCCCAGCAUCUACACCCGGGUGGGACAGUACAUGGACUGGAUCCUGAACAAUUUGCACCCAUCAUGAGAAUUACUCUCAUCCAAUAACUAUCAACCUGUACAGGGAUUUCUCAUUGCCAAAAACUCAUGUAGAUUAAGCUUGAAAAUAAAUAUUAUUUAUGAAAUACAUAAAUUAA